CGUAUGGUUAAAUAUGUUCAGAAUGAAAUACGAUCCUUCAGAAUUGAUUGUGAGAAACGUAACGUAUGAGAUUCGUCGAAAUACAAAAGAACAAAUCCCGCCUAAAUGUAAAGACAACCAGUACACUUUGGGAUCUGAAGUCUACAAAGAUACUAUCGAGGGUACUGUGGAAUCGUUAUAUGCCAACCAAGCAAAAAUAUUUGAAGAAUUCAAAGCACCAUCUGUGACACCGCCUUGCGAAGGCGAGAAAUGCCCACUUCCACAGCCAAAUCCCUGUGAAAAUAACAACGAUUGUUUGGACAAAUAUUCAUUAAUACCAAUUGAUCAGUUCCAUUUAUUCCGUAAUCGGCCUUUAUUAUGCUCAAACCUAUUCACAACCCCAAUCUGGAAAGACGCGACCAAAGGAGCAUUGGAAAAAUUGGACCGAUAUUUAUACGCAUUAUUCAAAUUUUUGGACGAAAAACGAUUGCACGUCAUUGCUGGAGUCAGCCCAACUCAGUUAAUGCUACCGUUGAAGAAUCAAUCACCAAAAAAAGAAUCAAAAAAAGAACCAGUAUUCCUCGAUCAUAAAAACAAAAAAAUCCCUGUACCAAAAUUCGUCUAUAAGCUGGUCAAAUAUUAUCCAAGAGCUUGCGAUUCUAAAGACAAAAGUUGCGAAUACGCGGUCAUGUUUAUUGCUCAUAAUGAUCCUAAUUUCAAGCCCAAAGACAAGAUUUGUCCUGGAAAGGAAGAUUUUACAACAACUUUGGGGUGGAAUGCAAUAACAACGGAUAUCGGCGGAAAACAAUACAACAAUAUUUACGCUUGUCCGAAUGACAAAAAAGUGUUGAAAGAAAUAUAUUCAUUUAAAACUAUUCUUCCCUCUACGCCGAGUCCGACGCCGACGUCUAAGAAUUUAAAUUUGCAGAAAUUUCCUGUUUACGAUAAAAGCACUAAUACUGUCGAUGAAAACAACGAUUUUGUGGGACAAGUUGAUGCUAUGUUUAAUCAACUGGCUACAAAUGGAGAAAGACUAGAAUUUAAGGAUAUAAUAACGUGGUACCAAGAAGAUAGUGAGAAUGUUGAAGACAUGGAUGAGGAUUCAGAGUUAGAGUCGGACUCGCCAAAAGCUGAAAGUCCUAGAAACUGAUGUCAAGUUUUUAAUACUGUUUAUCACUAUUGAUAAGGUAAUUAUUUAAUUUUAUAAUUUAGAGUUUACAGCAUAAAUUAGCGUUUUCGUGAAAUUACAUGUAGAUUAAUUUUAAUAGG